AUGGAAGAGGAGAUGAUAAGUACUAUUUCAAACGGGUUGAGAAUUACCAAUGUUAAUAACAUUGGAGAACGGUCUGAUUCAAAUAGCACUACAAACCCACCAUGUCUGGCAAGAAGGACGCGUCAAAGAAACGAAAAUCCAUCGUCGUCUUCCUACCCAAGAUUCAAAGGGGUAGUAAAGCAGCAGAAUGGUCAUUGGGGAGCACAAAUUUACGCCAAUCACCAAAGAAUCUGGCUUGGCACUUUUAAAACUGAGAAUGAAGCUGCAAUGGCUUAUGAUAGUGCAGCUAUCAUACUCUGUAAAGACGAUUCUCAUCGUAAUUUGCCAUGGAAUGCCAUCACAGUUCAAGAACCUAACUUUCAAAAUCUCCACACUAAUGAAGCAAUUCUGGGAAUGAUCAAAGAUGGGUCUUACCAAUCAAAGUUUAUGGAUUUCAUAAUGACCCAAAAUAUUGGAAACAACUACAACAUCACUACAGGGACUAAUCAAAGGAGCCAGAGAAACGAACAGGGUAUCCUGUAUCAUGAACUGUUUCAGAAGGAAUUAACACCAAGUGAUGUUGGAAAGCUUAAUAGGCUUGUAAUUCCAAAGAAACAGGCAAUUGCAUACUUCCCUGAAAUUCAUCUUGAAGUAAUUGGAACAGAAGAGCGCCGAGAUGAUGAUCAUCUGUAUUUAACUUUUUUCGAUAACCAGAAUAAGCCAUGGAGCUUCCGUUACUGUUAUUGGAAAAGUAGCCAAAGUUAUGUCUUUACUAAAGGCUGGAAUAGAUUUGUGAAAGACAAAAACUUGAAGGCUAACGAUAUCAUCACUUUUUAUUCUUGUGAUUAUAGAAACAUUCAUUCUGGAGAGCUUCACACAUACUUUAUGAUCGAGACGGAGUCCAAGAAUAGAAAUGAUGGACAUGGAGGAGGAAGUAGCAAUUAUCUGGAGUUGCAGCAUGGUCUGGAACAAGGCAUGAUUAGAAGAGAGGAGAUAGUUAACAAAGGUAUUAGACUAUUCGGCGUAAAUAUUAUUGGUUAA